AUGGCCCGCACGAAGCAGACGGCGCGCAAGUCCACCGGCGGCAAGGCGCCGCGAAAGCAGCUGGCGACCAAGGCGGCGCGCAAGUCCGCCCCGGCCACCGGCGGCGUGAAGAAGCCGCACCGUUUCCGCCCUGGAACCCGGCUGGUGCGGGAGAUCGCGCAGGACUUCAAGACGGACCUGCGCUUCCAGAGCUCCGCCGUGUCCGCGCUGCAGGAGGCCGCCGAGGCGUACCUCGUCGGGCUCUUCGAGGACACCAACCUCUGCGCCAUCCACGCCAAGCGCGUCACCAUCAUGCCCAAGGACAUCCAGCUCGCCCGCCGCAUCCGCGGGGAGCGCGCCUAG